AUGUGGGUCCCUCGCCAGGACACCCAGGAGGAGCACUGGCCCGCGACAGUGUUAUAUGCCAUCAUCAAGGAGGUGCCUCUGCGGCGCUGGAAGGAGUUCCUGCGCGUGCUCUCCCUGACCGACCGGCAGCUAGAGCGUGUGGAGCUGGAGCCAGGCCUGGGCUUUAUUGAGAGGCAGUACCAGAUGCUGCGGCUGUGGAGCCAGGGCCCGACUGCAAGUCUGGAGGACGUAUACUCGGCCCUGCUCUACAUGGACCUGGCUGGCUGUGCCUACCAGCUGCAGGAUUGUCUGGAGCAGCUGCAGUGGAGAGCCACAACCAAAGACAUCACCACAGUUUCAUAGGACAACUGAGUAGGGAUAGACAUGAGUAUUCGAACAGACGUCAAAAAUCGGUCUUCACCAGAGAUCACAUUGUUUUCAAAUACUGUGUUGCAACUAAGCGCAAGGCACAUCUCUGUCCAUACUCACUCUCUCGGUUUGUCAAUGUUUAUGA